CCGGUGGAGCACGGGGCUGCCUACAUCCAGGCCACAGGCAGGCGCCACAUCGCCGCUACCCGGCAUACGCCGCCGGCCUCAUCACAGGCAAGCUGUUGCACAGCUGCAGCCUCGCGGUGAUUUCAUUUCUUACUGUUUCUCGGGGACCCUUUACCGACUAUGAAGCGUCCGUACUUACCACUGCAAUUGCUGGUGGCAACCACGACUGUUUUCGGCCCUUCUGUAUUGUGCGCAAAAAUGGACCAACUUCAGAUCCUGGAUGGACUUCUUACGAGUGCCUAUGACCGUCGCGCCACGCCCACCAACCACCUAAACAACGCGACAACGGUGCACUGUGAGCUAUAUAUUCGCAGCUUUGGAUCCAUCAGUCCCGUUACUAUGGACUACGAGGUAGACCUGUACCUGCGGCAGAAGUGGCAAGACUCGCGACUGCGGCACUCCAACAUCACGGAGCCCCUCGAUCUUAAUGACCCCAACCUGGUGAAGGCGAUCUGGAAGCCAGAGGUGUACUUCCCAAAUGCCAAACAUGCAGAAUUCCAGUUCGUGACGGUACCCAACGUACUGGUACGCAUUCAUCCAGACGGCGAAAUCCUUUACAUGCUAAGACUGAAGUUAACGUUUUCCUGUAUGAUGGAUCUCUCAAAGUUUCCACUAGACAGCCAAGUGUGCACGAUGGAGGUUGCUAGCUUUUCCAAAACCAUAGAGGAGCUGAGCCUUGAAUGGAAGACCUUAAAUCCAGUAAUCAUGGGGAAAGGAUUACGUAUGCCACAGUUCGAGAUUGUCAAGAUUGCAGCGUCUGAUUGUCAGGAAUCCUUUCAAAUAGGCAACUACAGCUGCCUGGUGGCGGAGUUCCACCUGUCGCGGUCGGUGGGCUACCACCUGGUGCAGAGCUACCUGCCCACCAUGCUCAUCGUCGUCAUCUCGUGGGUCUCCUUCUGGAUGGACGUCGACUCCGUUCCGGGCCGCACCACGCUUGGCGUCACGACGCUGCUCGCUGUCUCCUCGCAGUCCUCGGGCAUCCAGAGCGGGCUGCCGCAGGUCAGCUACGUGAAGGCCAUCGACGUCUGGAUGGGCACCUGCACCGCGUUCGUGUUCUGCGCGCUGCUGGAGUUCACGAUCGUGAACUACAUGUGGCGCAAGUCGUCAGACCCGCUGCUGGCGGCCGUCGGGAUGUCUGCGGACGCCGUGACGACCAAUGGCAAGGCGGCCGCCGCUGGGGCUGCGACGACGGCUGCCCCGCCCCCCGAGGCAGCCGCCGGCGCUGGCACCGACGCCGCUGUCGUGAGGACGCCCACGCAGGCCGCGAAGGGUGGCUGCCCGCCGGCGAUCGCCGCCUUCCCGCGACACAAGCUGCGGGCCCGUCGCAUCGACGAAAUGUCGCGUCUCUGCUUCCCACUGGCCUUCGCCUGCUUCAACCUGCUGUACUGGGCCUACUACCUAGUGUGGUGAGCAUCCUGCUCUACUGGGCUUACCAUCUCAUCCGGUGAGCCGCCUGCUGCACUGGCCUAUUACCUAGUCUGGUGAGCAACGUGCUCUACUGGGCCGAUUACGUGGUCGGGUGAGCAGCCUGCCCUACUGAAUUACUUGACCUGGUAAGUGUGACGGCUGCAGGCCUCCGACAACCACGAGAGAUUACCGUGAGGCAGUCCAGAGGGACACCAAGAUCUUACUCUUUCAUCGUGUGAAAAGAACGAGAACAUGGAUCGUUUUACAGUUAUUACUGUGUUACACAAGAACUUUGUUUGAGUUGAAUCUCAUUCAUGAGAAUGAACUAUAAAUCUCAAUAACAGCCGCAGAAUUUUGUUUUGCAAUGUGGAACUUGAUAUACCCCUUGUGUAGCGUCCAUAGAGUUGAUAAAAUAGUGACAUCUCCAUGACUUUUAAGAAUGUGACAAAGAGAAACUUGAAAUGUUGUUGCUCCAUGUAACUCCGAUAAAUGAUAAGAAAUCACUACUCUUCCUAUAGGAACAAGUAGGAGCUUGGCUUAGAUGCAGUCAUUUCAGAGUAAAUUUUUCAUUCCUCAGCAGAGCGUAAGUGGUCAUGAAACUUACUGAGACCCAAACAAUACGAUAAAUCGGAAGUCGAGCAAUAGCCCAUAUUUUUCCCGGGAAACAUUUGUUGAGAUUGAAAUGUACGAGAACCAUACUGUCGUAUGGGAUGUUUCCGUUCUGUCAUGAAUUAUGCCUUGACAGCUCAGUUUUUCAGACCGGUAUUCAAAGCUAACGACCACUUUCCUAGUUCGGCAUGGUAUGCUUCAGAGGUCACAUGUCUCUGAGGUGCCUACUGCCUGUCACAUCAAAAGAGAAAUACCAUACGUCGAAACACUGUACCAAUGAAUCUGUGCGACGAAACUUGACCAACUUUCGAAUAACUGUACCUGUAUAAAGUAAAUAUUUAACUAAGAAAUUUAAUAGAAUACCUAAUGUAGGUCAUUAUCAGUCAGUUCGUUUCUUCCACAUCAACGUUACCGCAGUGUUCAGUGCAAAUGUUUGGACAUUGCGAAGAUUUUAUUUUAAUUUCAUGCAAUAAAAAACUGAACGAGUGUGUGUUAACACAUUCAAGACACUUAAAUAAAUGUAAAGUUUAUCUCAGUAACUGUCAUGAUAUCCUAAUUUUCUACUCUUCCCAUUCA